AUGCGUUUGUGGGACUUUUCGACUUUCGUACUCUUUCAUUUGUUUGUCGUUCACUAUGCCGUCGAGGCUGGUGGAGCUUGUGCCGUCACGUAUCCACUAUUUGUUGGAUGUUACAAGUGCGGGCCGGAAUACGGUGCAGCGGUGAAGCAUGCCGAAGGAGGAACGGAUUUUCCGAAUUCGUUUACAGUCGCGAUGCUGAAUCCAACUGCACCAAAACUCGGAAUAGAAAUGGGCCAAAUUUUUAGUGCAAAAGGACUGCCAAAAUCAACUGAAAAGCAUAACCUGAGCCAUACGUAUUCGAAACACUCAUUGCGCCGCCAGCUACGAUCGUUCGGUUUUUUGUACACACCAAGUGGACAAGCAAUUCAGCUUCGAGGAAUCCCGGGGCCACCUGGACCACCUGGACCAAUUGGACUGGAUGGGCCGAAAGGCGUCGCGGGCAUGCCAGGGCCAAAAGGUGAGCGAGGGGAGCGUGGUCCAGUGGGACCGCCCGGUUAUCCAGGCCCUAAGGGUGAACGUGGUUAUUCGUCUACUCUUAGCAGAAUACAGGUUGGCAACACAGAUUCGGUGACGCCGAUGCUCAUCCAGGUAAAUUUUGUUUCCGAUGCAGCUGGUCUGCAUGUUAUUUUCAAUUGGUUUUGGUAA